GCCCGGGCCAUGCGCGCCCGCUGAGCCGCAGCGGAGGCGGCCGCCCUUGCGCUUCGCUCCCGGUUUUUAAUUUUUUUGCCUGCUGCGUUCGCCGGGGGGUUUUGUGCCGGUCUCGGCGCUGGCUUGACGCCCCCCGCGGGCGCGGGGCGGCGGUGAUGGGCGCGGCGGGCGGGCGCUCCGCCGGGCGCUGAGCGGGCGCGCAGCGGGCGCGGGCCGCGCCAUGGCCGCCAAGGACAAUCCCUGCAGGAAGUUCCAGGCCAACAUCUUCAACAAGAGCAAGUGCCAGAACUGCUUCAAGCCCCGCGAGUCCCACCUGCUCAACGACGAGGACCUCAACCAGGCCAAACCCAUUUAUGGUGGCUGGCUGCUGCUGGCCCCGGAAGGAACGGACUUUGACAACCCUGUCCAUCGCUCCCGGAAAUGGCAGCGUCGGUUCUUCAUCCUCUACGAGCACGGGCUGCUGCGCUACGCCCUCGACGAGAUGCCGACAACCCUCCCACAGGGCACCAUCAACAUGAACCAGUGCACGGAUGUGGUGGAUGGGGAGAGCCGGACAGGGCAGAAGUUCUCCUUGUGCAUCCUGACACCGGAGAAGGAGCACUUCAUCCGGGCUGAGAACAAGGAGAUCAUCAGUGGGUGGCUGGAGAUGCUGAUCGUCUAUCCCAGGACAAACAAGCAGAAUCAGAAGAAGAAGAGGAAGGUAGAGCCCCCAACUCCCCAGGAGCCUGGUCCUGCUAAGAUGGCUGUGACCAGCAGCAACAUCCCCAGCGCAGAGAAGGUCCCUGCCACCAAGUCCACGCUCUGGCAGGAAGAAAUGAGGGGCAAAGACCAAGUGGACGGGGGCAGCAGCAUCAGCCCAGCACAGAGCCCCGUGCAAGGCCAGGCCGGGGCUGCCAGCUCCCUGAAGGAUCCCGUGCUGGACAGCAAGGAAGACGAGAGCUCCAUGAACGGAGACCGGAUAGACUGCGGGCGGAAGACGCGUGUCGAGAGCGGGUACUUUUCCUUGGAGAAGACCAAACAAGACUCGAAGCUGGAAGAGCAGCAACUGCCGCCCCCGCCGAGCCCGCCCAGCCCCAGCACCCCGAACAACAGGUACAGUUAUCCCAAAUCGCCCUCACAGGAGCAUGCCCAGCCCUUUCCUUCCCCAGGUACCCGAUCAGGCGACCGAAUGAUUCACAGCUCCUCUCUGAACUCCUUGGACUCGAAGAGCAGUUGCUCCAAGCACAAGGACUCCAGCAACAGAGAUGUAGGAAGGGGAGCUGAAAAAUCGGGGCGUCCCCUUUCUUUUAAAGCCAGCCGGCAGUACACCACCCUGGCCGACGUUCCCAAGGCCAUUAGGAUCAGUAAUCGUGAGGCCUUCCAGGUGGAGAGGAAGCGGCUAGAGCGGAGAACCCGGGCUCGUAGCCCUGGGAGAGAAGAAGUGGCCCGGCUCUUUGGGAAUGAGAGAAGGCGAUCCCAGGUAAUUGAAAAAUUCGAGGCAUUAGAUAUUGAGAACGCGGAGCACAUGGAAACAAACGUGCCGGGAGGGGCUGCCCUUUCCAGCGAGACGCGGCAGGGCAGGAGCGAGAAGAGGGUUUUCCCACGGAAACGGGACUUCACUUGCGAAGGAGCGGCCGUGGGCUCCAUCCUGGACGUGUCUGCAUCUCCCCUGUCCCCACAUCGCCGGGCAAAGUCACUGGACAGAAGGUCCACGGAGUCCUCUAUGACGCCCGACCUACUGAACUUCAAGAAGGGCUGGUUGACAAAGCAGUAUGAGGAUGGGCAGUGGAAGAAGCACUGGUUUGUACUGACUGACCAGAGCCUGAGAUACUACCGGGAUUCGGUGGCAGAGGAGGCAGCUGACCUGGAUGGAGAAAUCGAUUUAUCCACGUGCUACGAUGUCACUGAGUACCCAGUUCAGCGGAACUACGGCUUCCAGAUCCAUACGAAGGAAGGGGAGUUCACCCUCUCUGCCAUGACGUCGGGCAUUCGCCGCAACUGGAUCCAGACCAUCAUGAAGCACGUUCGCCCCACCACUGCUCCUGAUGUAACAAGCUCGCUGCCGGAAGAGAAAAGCAAAACAAGCUCUUCCUUCGAGACUAGUCCAAAGCCGAGCGAGAAGCCAGAUGCGGAGCAAGCUGAGCUGGACCCGGAGCAGAAGCGGAGCCGUGCUCGGGAACGCCGACGAGAAGGACGGUCCAAGACCUUUGACUGGGCUGAAUUUCGCCCCAUCCAGCAGGCCCUGGUGCAGGAGCGUGCGAACGCUGCAGACUCCUCCAGUGGCGGCUCAGCCGCCUUCCCCAGGGACACCGGUGCCACCGACGCCGACCCGGGAGAGCUGGAGCGGGAGCGGGCCCGGCGGCGGGAGGAGCGGCGCAAGCGCUUCGAGAUGAUCGAUGCUGUGGACGGGGCAGGGUCAGAAGAGGCACUGAGGAUGGAGGUGGACCGGAUCCUGCCCGUCCCGGCAGACAUCAAACCGCAGAACGUGCAUGUGGAGAUCGAGCAGCGCUGGCACCAGGUGGAGACCACCCCGCUGCGGGAGGAGAAGCAGAUCCCCAUCACGCCCCUGCACCUCGCCCACGCCGAGGACCGGGACGAGGGGCUGGCGAAGCAGCACCUGACCACGCUGCUGGAGAAGGAGCUGGAGCAGAAGCAGAAGGAGGCCCUGGAGCUCCUGGAGCAGAACCGGCACCUGCAGGACCAGCUGAAAGUGGCGCUGGGCCGGGAGCAGAGCGCCCGGGAGGGCUACGUGUUGCAGACCGAGGUGGCCGCCUCGCCAUCAGGUGCCUGGCAGAGGCUCCACAAAGUCAACCAAGACCUCCAAAGCGAGCUGGAAGCCCAAUGCCAGCGUCAAGAGGUGAUCAAUCAGCAGAUUCAGUCGCUGAAGCGCAGCUACGCCGAGGCCAAGGACGUGAUCCGGCACCACGAGGCCGAGAUUCAGAGCCUGCAGGCGAGGCUCAGUAACGCGGCGGCCGAGCUCUCCAUCAAGGAGCAGACCCUGGCCAAGCUCAAGAGCGACCUGAGGAGCGAGAAGGAGAAAGCCAAAGAGCAGCUGGAGGAGUGGCAGCACGGCGAGGCCGCGCUCAGCUCCCAGCUGAAGGCCAGCGAGCAGAAGCUGAAGAGCGUGGAGGCUCUGCUGCUGGAGAAGACCCAGGAGCUGCGGGACCUGGAGAUGCAGCAGGCCCUGCAGAGGGACCAUCAGAAGGAAGUGCAGCGGCUUCAGGACAGGAUCGCGGACCUCAGCGGGCAGCUGAACGCCAGCGAGCAAGCGCGGGUCCUCAUGGAGGAGAAGCUGCAGAAGAACUACGAGGCUUUGCUGGAGAGCUGCGAGAGGGAAAAGCAGGUUUUGAUACGGAGUCUGAAGGAGGUGGAGGACAAGGCCAACGAGUACGAGAACCAGCUGCAAAACAGUGCGCAGCAAAUGGAGAUUCUGCAGAAGGAGAAGCUGAGCGCCAAGUUCGAGGGCAGCGAGCUGGUCCACCAGCUGGAAGAGCAGCUGGUGAUGAAGGAGGCCAGCAUCCAGAAACUCGCCGAGCACAUCAAGGAGCUCGAAAGGGAGAGGGAUCAGAUCAAAUGUCGGUUCCACGAGCUCAUGAAUCAGGUUGCCGAGUCAGAUAACGAAGUUGCAAAGCUACAAGCAAAGUUGAAAAUGGAAGAGACCAACUACCACAACCUGGAGCAAUCGUUGGAGGAGGUGUCGGAUCAGUUCCGGGGUGUGCAGGAGGUGCUGAAAGAGAAAGAAGAAGAGCUGAGACACGUUAAGGAAAUGCACUUGAGAAUUGUGGAGAAGAAAGAUCAAGAUCUCAGUGAGGCUUUGGUUAAAAUGGUUGCUUUAGAUAGCAGUUUAGAGGAGACUAAAGUAAAGCUAAAGGCCAAGGAGGAGGCUCUAAAGAAGUUAGCUAGUGUGGGCACAGGUCCAUGUGCUGAGGAGGCAGAAGACCUUGGCCCCAGUCUUGAGGCUGACGAAAGUCAUCCAUCCCAACUGGGGCAGGCUCUGCAAACUCAGGAUGUCCUCCCGGCUCUGACUUAUGCACUGAAGGAGGAGGAGGAUGAGGUUCUUGAGACCAGCCAGAGGCAGGCAGAGGAAUUCGGCUCCCCAUCCAAAGCUCUAGAGCUCCAGGACCAAGAGUUGGUUCAGAAAGCCUUAGCAAAGCCUGAUGUGGGAAUCAUGGGAGCCAAGAGGCAAAGGAUCCGUUUCUCGAGCAUCCAGUGCCAAAAAUACAUCCAUCCAGAUGGAACAGAGAAAAACUGGACAAGCAGUACCUCUUCAGACACGAGCCAGGACAGAUCGCUGUCUGAGGAAAGCAUGUCCUCAGAGCCAGCUCUGGGUUACCCCUCGUCGGGGACAAGCGACUCUGAGACUUAUCUCUCCAUCAUCCAUUCCCUGGAAACCAAACUGUAUAUUACAGAGGAAAAACUCAAAGAUGUCACAAUGAAACUUGAAAGCCAGCACGGCCAUAACCAGGAGACGCUCAUCGCCCUCCACCACCAGUGGGCCAGCACAGAGUCCCAGCUGCGGGAACAGCUUCAGACCAGCUUGUCCCAAGUCAGUGCUUUGAUCUCACAGCUGGAGAACGAGAGGCAGGAAAAGUUCAAGCUCAUAGAAAGUCACGUCAGUGAGCUGGGAGGUUUCCAAAUGAAAAACAAUCAAGCGCUGACUUGCUUAGAGAAGUGCAGGGAGCAACUAAGAGCCUUGCCCAAAUCAGACAAGGAAAAAGAGGGUGAUUUGUUCCUUGUUAAUCUGUCCAACAUGGAAACGACGUUAUCAAACGCGAUCCAAGCCCUGAGUGGGGCGCCAGUCCCGUUGGAGUAUCAGCAGAGUGAAAGCCUUAUCACAGAAAGCCCUGCUCCAGAAGGAGGGGUUUUAGGAGAAGAGGAGCAUGUCUCCAAGGAGCAGCGAGUGGAAGUGUUUGACGCCAGCCAACUGAGAUGGCUUUCUGAGAGGGUGGCAUUUGAGGCCUCUCUCAUCAACCAAAUAGCAGAGUCUUUAAAAAAUGCAAACUCUGAGAUAGCCCAGCUUCUGAGAGAGAUCCAGGGAACAGCUGAGGUGGUUUUGUUGGAGCCGGCAAGUGUUUCUCAUACAGCCGUCGAUUUGGCCGGUGUCCUAUCUAAGAAGCUGCUGCUGGAAGGCGAGUUCUGGAGCCAGGUAGAGGAGCUGAGAGCACACUUGAGCACCAGAGACGGAGAAGCCGAGGGCAAAACAGAUACAAGUUUGGGGGUUUCCCAGUGUUUUCUCAGUGCUGUAGCAGAUGCUACGUUGAUCAAGGCAGAACUUGGGUUUGUCGCACAGAAAAUGAGAGAAUCUUUUCAUCAGAGAUUAAAAACAAUUGAAGAAGACCUCCAUAAUACCAAAACAGCUCUCCAACAGCACAAAUGCAUGUUGGAGGAGAUCAUCAAAGCCUACAGGACUCCUGAGUUCGACAGAGUUAUGCACCAGAUUUCUGAAGCACUUGAAAUACAAAAAGAUGCUUCAGAAAGAGCCCAAAUCUCCUGGGAGGGGAGUCGUCUCCAAAUGGUGUCAUGCCAGGAAUUAGCCAAGGUGGAGGAGACUGGCAGCAUGCCAGACCGUAGAAGUGGAGCUCUUGUUUCCAUUCAGGAAGAUCUUGCCCAACAACUAAAGGACAAAUCCAAUGUUCUGAAGGAGAUAUCUGUUGCCUUACUCUCUCUGCCUCCCGAGGAGGCAAUGAGAGACUGUCAAAAGCUCCUGAAGAUAUCCCAGAGUCUUUCCUACCAGUCGUGCAUGGGAGACCUGGAGCGGUAUUCCUCUUUGUUAGUCCACGAUGCAAUUGUUCAGGCUCAGGUUUGUUAUGCUGCUUGCAAAGUCCGUCUGGAGCACGAGAGGGAGAUGAAGUCCUACAGGGAGUCCCUGCAGAGCAUGGACGCGCUGUGCCAAGAGCGCGUGAAGACGGUCUCUCUCCUGCGGGAUGAGUACGAAGACUUGCUCAGGAAGCAGCAGGGCGAGUACAGCGAGGUGAUCGCUGUGCUGGAAAGGGAGAACGCUGAUCUCAAAGCCAAGGUGUCCCAGCUGGACAGCCAGCGGAGGCUCUUGGAGGAGGAAGAGCACAAGCACAGCAAGAGCUUGAGCGAGCUCCAGGGACGUUACGAGGAGGAGAUCCGGAACGUGAUAGAGCAGCUCAACAGGACAGAGGAUGCUCUGAAGGCCGAGAGGACUGAGGGCCUCAACCAGCUGGAUGCCAUUGUCCGUGACAAGCAGAACAUGGAGCGGUAUCACCUGGAGCAGAUGCAAACGCUGGAGGAAAAGUUCCAGGCCAAGAUCAAGGAGCUGCAGGUCAUCCACGGCGAGGAGCUGCAGGCGCUGCAGGAGCACUACAGCCAGAACCUGCAGCGCCUGCAGGAGACCCUCGAUGAGUACCAGAGGCAGCACCCAGAGGUGUCCCCUGCGGUGGUCCCGGGUGCUGGGGACAACUGGGUGGCCGGCGAGGCGGGUGGCACCGGGCAGGACCCCGGCAGGGACCUGGACUCCAUGCACGGCCUGAGGGAACGCAUCCAGGAGCUGGAGGCCCAGAUGAACGUCAUGAGGGACGAGCUAGAGAACAAACAUAUGGAAGGGAGCGCUUCCACCUUGAGGGAAAAAUACCAGAAAGACUUUGAAAACUUAAAGGCAACAUGUGAAAGGGGCUUUGCAGCCAUGGAGGAAACACACCAGAAGAAGAUCGAGGACUUGCAGCGGCAGCACCAGCGGGAGCUGGAGAAGCUGCGGGAGGAGAAGGAUCGCCUGCUGGCAGAGGAGACAGCUGCCACCAUUUCAGCCAUCGAAGCCAUGAAGAACGCACACAGGGAGGAGCUGGAGCGAGAGCUGGAGAAGUCCCAGCGCUCCCAGAUCAGCAGCGUCAAUGCCGACAUCGAGGCCCUCCGAAGGCAAUACCUGGAGGAGCUGCAGUCGGUGCAGCGGGAGCUGGAGGUGCUUUCGGAGCAGUAUUCACAGAAGUGUUUGGAGAAUGCCCACCUGGCGCAGGCGCUGGAGGCUGAGAGGCAGGCCCUCCGCCAGUGCCAGCGGGAGAACCAGGAGCUCAACGCUCACAAUCAGGAGCUGAAUAAUCGCCUGGCUGAAGAGAUCACACAACUGAGGAGCCUGCUGAUGGGGGAGGGCGGGGGAGAGGCUGCUGGGUCGCCUCUCACGCAGGGCAAGGACGCCUACGAGCUGGAGGUGCUGUUGCGGGUCAAAGAGUCUGAAAUCCAGUACCUGAAGCAGGAGAUCAGCUCCCUCAAAGACGAGCUGCAGACAGCACUGAGGGAUAAGAAAUACGCCAGCGACAAGUACAAAGACAUCUACACGGAGCUGAGCAUCGUGAAGGCCAAGGCAGACUGUGAUAUCAGCAGGUUGAAAGAGCAGCUGAAAGCAGCCACAGAAGCUCAGGGAGAGAAAUCCCCUGUGAACACCACUGUAUCGGGAUAUGAUAUUAUGAAAUCAAAAAGCAACCCUGAUUUCUUGAAGAAAGACAGAUCCAGUGUUAGCCGGCAACUAAGGAAUAUCAGGUCAAAGAGUCUGAAGGAAGGCCUGACUGUGCAAGAACGCCUGAAGCUUUUUGAAUCCAGGGACUUGAAGAAAGACUAGUUCUCCCCGCUCCGCUUGACCACGCGCACCUCCCAGCUUGAGGCAGCACAGCACCAGCACCGUUUGUCUCUCGUUCCUUACGACUGUCCUUGCUGUCGUUCGUCUUGAGGCUCCCGACGGGACCCGGCGCCGCGGUGGUGCCCCCCCCCGCCACCCCCUCGCCUCCCCGGCUCCUUUCCCUGCUUGUGAGAUGCUCCAGAGACUCUGAGAGAGAGAGAGAGAGAGGAAGGGAUUGGAUUGGGGUUUUUCCCCCCCUCUCUUCGGCGCUUUGUAGGAGAAUCCUUUCUUUACUGUAAACCAUUACACUAAGUGUCAGUAUUAAGGCUCAGUAGCCUGUUAAUAAGCUAUAGCUCUGUCGUACCGGCCGCUCUGGUGCGCAAGCAGGGCCUGGGUGGUGUCGGCCAGACCGAGCUCUUACUGCUGUCUAGAGACCCAGUGCUCAGAGCACGCCAGGAGCCUGAUCUAAUCAUUGAUCUUGACUGCAUUACUUGCACCUACAAGGGGGGAAAGCCCGGGGGAAGCUGUCGGGGAGCGCGAGUCUGGAGGUACAACACUGACAUCCCGCUGGAGAAGGAUACAAGAAGUGAUUCUCCUGCCCCGUGACUGUGCCGUAUCCUGAAUGUAGGUGCCACCGAAGCCUGGCGAGCUUUGGUGGCUGCCCAGAUGGUUUUGGAUAGGGAGCUGCAGCUACUGAAGUGCACCAAGUCUGCCCCGUCGGCGCGUCUUUGCUCCCGUCUCGCUGGUGGUCGGAGUUGGUGUUCCAGGGGCUGAGCUGUAAGAUCACUUUCUUGCCUCUGUUAGAUCAAGCCCAGCACUCUCUUUUUUUUGCUGUUACUCCCUUCCUCUCAUUGAGUCCCGUGUAUCCCAGGGUCUGUGCGCAUGUGAAACUCCCUUUUCCUAGUCAAAGGAAAGUAGAGUAGAAAGUAGAGCCAAUAUUGACUGAAAAUGCACAGUGCUCAAUGCGUAUAAUGCUCCUUUUUUAUCAGCUUCUUGAAUUCAACUCUUCUUGUCAGCAGGGCAGCUCCUAUUUUAAUUCUUUAAUCUUUUCCUGAAAUAAAAGUCUCAAAACCAGUAUGUGCUUCAGACCUUCUCAGUCCUAGUAGCUUUUGUAUUUAAAAUACACAGUUUAGCACCAUGAGGCCGAUAAAUGGAUACAAACCGAAAGUGAGUUGAGGAGCUGGUAGCACUAGAUGGUCACAGCCAGCUGAGCAGAGGCUUCCUAGAAGAAGCCUGUGCUGUUUUGUAGCAGCUGCCCAGGUAUUGGGGCUUCAUCCUGGGCUAAAUUUCAAGAUGCCACCUGGAAAGCCCCCAGGUCCUGCCUCGCCACUCGCCAGGGCUGAAGGAGCUCUCCAGCAUGUUGGCUUCCCAGCCCUGUUCAUGUGCCGAGUGAACUGCAUCACAUCAGGCUGGGAUGUUAAAGGUACAUCCUGGCCUUCACCAGGAGCAAAGAUUCCUCUUGUCCUUGGGCACUCAUCACGUGGUUGAGGCAGCUCUGUCUCCUUCCCUGCUGGUUUUGGGUCUGCCAGGCGGGCAGUGCAAGCACAGCUCUCAGCAUCACGGGGCUGGGAAUGGACAUCUCCAGUCCUGCCAGGCUGCACCACGGGAGUCACCCUCAUCCUCCUGCUUGGAGCAGCAUCUCCGUUCCAGCCACCAGACCCUCUGCGGGAGACGGUGUCAUCGUACUGUGGUGGGAGUCAGGCUCUCAUCCAGCUUGUGUGGCCUUGCCAUGGCCAAGUGCUCGGCUUGGAACCUCCUGGGGCGCUUGUGGCAGUGCAUGGCAGCACUCGGGUCCUGCCCACAGGAGCACCACUUGUCCCCAGACAAGAUGUCAGCACCUGUCAUGGGCAGAGCACAUCCAGGGACACUCCUGCUGCGAUGCUCUGUGUGCCUCGGUGUGCAUGGAAGUCCUGGAGAUGGGAGCAGGGUAGGAAAGAUGCCCUGGAGCAUGGCUUGGUCACAUCCAAAGUCAUCUGUCCAGCUCUCAGCAGGGAUAACCUUUACACUUCAUCUCUGGCUGCUCUGGGUCCGUGGUGAGCUGUGAUGUCCUGGCAGAGGCUGUGGGAUGCAGCGUGGAUGUGGAAUGGUGUGUAGGUCUUGUCAUUGUCAUUGCUCUUCCCUUAGAAGACGUCACUGCCUCUGGGAGAACGGCUUCCUCCUCCUCCUCCUCCUCCUCUUCUCUUAAGACUUAUGGUGGGACUUCAUCCUGUUUAGCCAAAUGAGCAGAACACACUGGACUCCUUCUUGCCACGUGGACCUUGACCCUUCUUACAUCCCCCAGCAAAUCCUGCUUUUCCUUUGGAUGCUUCAUUGGCUCAGGAGCCGUAAUUCUAAGCGUGAGGACUGGCACUUGCUAUUUGCAUUGUCUCGUUGGUGGCGUGGGGGAUACAGGAUGGGCCCUUUCUGAUACAGGAUCGUGUUGCUGAGCAUCGGGAGGCUCCCCACAGAGAGAAGUUUUCUGCUGUACAUUUGCUCAUACCAAAAAAAUCCUCUCUUGCAGCUUAGUGUCCUGCCUGGGGCUAGUUAUUGAGCCCAGUAAGAGCACUAGAUUUCUUUGCCAGAAAGCUCCUGCUUCCAGACUGAUUUCUUAACAUAGAGACCAGCUGUGCAGGUGGAGGGCACACAUGGAGCAGAUCAUCCCCAGCUUUUGACUCAGCAUCUGUAAAUACAUUAAUAUGAUUUUUUUUUUUUUUUUUUUAAGAAAGGGGUGAGGAUGGGCAGCAAGACACUGCAUGUGUUGGCAAAGCUCUGAGCUGAAGACAGGGAGGGUCCAGAACUGCCCUUUCUGCGUGGUGCUCCAGCCCUAAAUCGCCCUGUGAAGAGAGGCUGGUGGGGGAUAUUCUUAUUUAUACACAUAUAAAAAUAUUACUGCUGGUUAGUUGGGGGAGAAACAGCCCAGGAACACUUGUACAGCUCUUGCUCCUUUCCUGUAGACAUGUCCCUGGGCUAAGCAAGAGAUUGUAGAAACUUCUGGGCCACUUUUAUAAGUUCUUCACCCAAGGCACUGCACUGCGUCUCUCCGGUGAGGCACUGCCAGGGAUCAAGCAGCAUCAGGAAUGAAGCUGGAUUUUUCUUCUCUCUUUCCACUAUUUUUUUACCUUACUGUACAGAAAAUGUCAGUCCUCACAUCACCCCUCUCCCUCUUUUAGGGGCUCCCGGAAACAUCUGUAAAAGGAUUUGAAUUAAGGAUUACUCAGACUCUGUAUGAUCAGCUCCAGGGAAUCAGCUGCUCAGAGGUUUCCUUUUGUUUAAUCCAUAUUGGCCUGGACCUUCAAAUUGCUUUAGAAAAGCAAAACAGGCAGGUUUGCUGGGAAAAAAAAACAACAACAAACAAACAAAACACUCUGGCACUACCAGGUGUAGCUGAAAUAAAAGGUGUUGGCUGGCAGGAGAACAGCCCCAGGGAACAGGGAGAACAACCACAGGGAACAUUGUGUGUGCGCAGGGAUGGGGGGACUGGCCACCACUGUCAGGGCUUCAGUGGUGUUUAAUAAGCCAAAUUAAUUAAUCUCAUUGCUGAACUUGUUGGUUGAAAAUACUUCUCUCUAAGCCAGGGGGGUCUUUAAUGAACAUGGUGGUGGUGUUCUCUUAUUCAGUAAAGGGAGAACCUGCAGCACCAAUAAAGAGCCAAAACCUGAAAUUUUCCUGCAGAGAGCAGUGCUUGAAAAUAAGGUGGGGAGAGGGGCGUGCAAAAAAGCCAGCUGGGAGGCUUAUUACUCAUAGCAGUGGUCCUUAGUUAUCCUCUUUCUUCUUCCUGCUCCAGACUUCAUCUGUCUUUUGGGAUUAAUCAGUGGUUAUUUAAAUAGGAAAGUGUGUGGGCAAGCUGCUGCGUUUUGCACCACUCCACACUAUUGAUAGCACUGACUUGGGUUUAGGAAAAGUCAAGUGCAGUGAAGGCACAGGCGUCUUCUCGUCAGCUCCAAGUGAUCUUAUUUUUUCCUGAGCAGAAUUUUCCUCCCAUUUGUACCAUCUCCCCUGAACUAGACUGAAUCCUUCUUUAAAUCUCACCUUUUCUUUGCCCACUUACAAAAAAAAAAAAAGAAGCAAACUGUGCUCGUUUGCUUCAAAACCAGAAUUGUGUAGAACUGGUGCUGACUUGCAAACCAGAAAAACUCCCUUUUUUUUUUCUGUACCAGAGAAGUGGGCUGCAGUAAAACCUUCACCACCUCACACUGCAAAACACGUCACUUUUGUACCGACUGUACUUGAUGGCACUUCCAUGAGACCUUUGCAUUUUUUCCUGGUUCAGAUACUCAGUUUGUUGUGGACGCUCAAGCACACGCACGCUCGCUGUAGCUGGCCUUUGCUUUGUAAUUUUUUUCCAUUUUUUAAGGAAAAAAAGCUUUGUUAUUCUUCUCUUAAAAAAAAAAA